AUGGUUCAAUCAGAGACAAUACCUUUUUCAGAAGCCUUUCCCUGGGCCACUAUGCGCCGACAGGCCAAGGCAAGCCUCGCACCCCCUACGGCCAGCUUCGAAGAAAAGACUGUCCUUCUGGUUGGCGCCACUGGCGUGAUUCUCUCGGACGCGGCACGCAUCAUUGCCAGUCUCAAGGUCUCAACCCUCAUUUUCGCAGUUCGUAAUGUUGCGAAGGGCGAGGCUUUGGCUGAGGAGUUGAGAAAACAAAGCGUUGAUGGCGAAAGCCAGCAGCCAGUUAUCAAGGUGAUGGAAGUAGACCUCUUGUCUUUUGAUAGUGUCAAGACUUUUGCGGGUAGGAUGAAUCAGUUCCAGACGCGCAUUGAUGUCGUGGUCAUGGGCUCUGCUAUCAUGAAUGAUGAGACGAGAGUGACUGCCGAUGGGUGGGAAGAGACCCUGCAGUUGAUUCACCUCUCAUCAGCACUCUUGAUUCUCCUUUUACUUCCCAAGAUGUUAGCCGAUGGAGAGGAACAACCAGUGGUGCUCAGCAGCCUUACAAGCUCAGCAAUCCGCUCAGCAGCAUCGAUGGUCGCGCUUCCAGAUGAUGCAAAGGACUCAUACCUAGAACAGGUCAGCGAUGUCAAAGAUGCUGCCACGCAGAAGAGUUAUCAGUACGGUCUCGCAAAGAUCAUACACGCGUGCUGGAUCAGGGAGCUCUGCGCUCGUCAUCUGCCCGGUAGCAAUCCGAGGAUUCACUUUCACCAGUUGGAUCCGGGUGCCUGCUUCACGCCACUCAGCUCACAUAUUUUCGUGGGGCGGCUGCUUCUUUGGUUUAUUGGCCGGCCUGUGGAGAUGUGUGCCCGAACUGUGGUGAAUUCGUGUUUGCCAAUCGUGGGGUCGCAUGGGAAGAUGCUGAUCGAUUACGAUAUCGCUCCAUAUCCUGAGUUCAUGGAUAGGGCCCUCGGAUUAGAACUCCAGCGGCGGGCAUGGAAUGAGACAAGCCAGAUAUUAGAGAACUUAGUCACCCCUGAGGCGAAAGUGUUCCUCCAGGUCUAA